AGUGUGAGAAAACAGUGUGGUUGGAAAAGCGUAUCUACGUUCACCUCAAAACCAUCCAAAAGUUUAAAUAUUCUAAAUAUAAUUUUAAAAUGAACACCGAUAACAUCAAACCGACCGAUAGUAGCUUCUGCCGGAUAAUGAAACCGAUCUACCUCGUGUCUAAGAUGGCGGGCCUGUGGCCCCAGUCCUUUCUGCGGGCGUCACCGGGCGUGACGGUGCUGGACAUUGGCUACCUCAUAGUGCUGUACGCCAUGUACUUCUUCUUUAUCCUCGUUAAUACCAAUGCGAAGCUGUGGGACUACUACAUGAAGCCGUUCGAGUCGGACAUCCUGCGGUACGGGCUGCAGACGCAUCUGGUGAACGGAUUGUUUCUCGGCGUUGUUAUCGUAACGAUCAAUGUGGUGCAGUAUCAGAAAAAGUGGGACUACAUGGAGCUGCUGGACAACGUUACGAAGGUGGUCGAGCAGGAGUUUCACGUCCGCUAUCCGAUACGGGUGGUACAAACAUUCAUAGUGAUUGUAAUAAGCUCUGAGCUCAUUUACCUCGUCGUGAUACUGGCCGGCUACUACUAUCUCAUCGAUCAGACGCUAAACAUUACUACAAAGUAUCUGUAUGCAUCAUACUACAUGAUGAACAUUUCACUGCUCGCUCUCAUAAACGAGUACAUCUAUUUUACCGUGCAUAUACGCCGGCUGUUUAUGAUAGUGAAUAGAUUGCUUAAGCAGCUACUGCUUGGUGAUACGAACGAAUCAAACGAAACGGUACUGCUCGACCAAAACCGGAAGAGCAAAACUCCAACCAUUGCGUACGAUGAGAUAUUCACCGUGUACGGGCGGGCGGGCGGACGGAAGAUUGGUGAUGCAAAUGCCGGCGGAAUGGUGAAAAGCAAAGGUCCACCGAAAGUGACGAUGGUUGCACCUGCCUCGGCCGGGUUUAACAAGCUGUCCGCCACGACCUGCAGAUCGGUUUAUGUGUUAAGGAACAAUUUUUGUUUUUACUUUAAAAGGUACAUCACGCAGCUUAAGAUCGAUAAUCAAUCCAGCAUGGAAACGAUACUGAAGACGGUCAAUCGGUUGUCCGUGCUGCACUACCAUCUGUGCGAUGCGAUACGGCUGGUAAACCGUAUCUCCUCUCUGUCGCUUAUGUUUCACUUCGGCGCUAUGUUUGUGUUUCUCGUGUUUGGUCUGUUUACCAUCUACAAAGCGUUUAAUUCCGGCACUUGGGCAUUCCGUAUCAUGGCGAUAGCAAACGGGGCCUGGAUUGCGUUCUACCUUGUGGGAAUACUGAGCGUGAUCACUGCAACGACGGCGGCACAAACCAGUGGCCGCAUGACCGGUGACAUUGUGCAUCAGAUCAUUCGAAAGCAUCAGAAUCACUUUUCCGUGGAGGUUAUCGAGAAGCUAUCUACACUAUCACUCCAGGUGACAAUGCGUGACAUGUCGUUCUCGUGUGGGUUGUUUAAUUUCGAUUGGAGCCUAUUCGGUUCGAUUCUUUCAGCAUUAGCCAUGUAUUUGGUAUUUCUUAUUCAGUUUGAUGUAGCUCCACCGGUUGGACUGAAUUCACCGAACUUAACCAUCCCGUCGAUUGAGUUGAUUGAUUUUGAAGUGUAAAACAGUGUUAGUAAGGGAAAGAAAUCAAAAAUCGGA